AUGUGGAAAGGUCGCAGCGCCGCACGCCCUGAGGCUGAGGCAGAAGCCGCCGCUUGCCCUCGCGCCGUGCCUCGUUCCGACCGCGUAGCCCCGCGGCCUGCGGGUGCCGAGGAACCAGCCGCGGCGUUCCGCGGCUUCAGCUGCAGCCGCUUCCCGUCAGAGCCUGGCGGUGCCCGCGGCCGCUGGCUGCCUGGGGCGCACGCGCUGCCGCCCGGGCCCGGCGCUGAGGGCCCGGCGCGAGCGGCUCUCCAGGGCGGGAACGGACGGACGGACGGACGGAGUCUCCUUACGGCGGUGCCGCGGCCGGGCACUCCCUCCCCGCCGGCCGACAUGGCGCGGCACGAGGCACCGCCGCCUUGGCAGGUGAUGGCUGCUGCCAUUGAUUCCAUAAGCUUUGAUGAAGAACAGCUUCCUAAUAAGAGAGAAACUAUGACCUGGAAGCCCCAAAAAGAAUAUUUGCUGAAGAAUAUUCCAAAUGUACUUGAUAGUGAGUUUGAAGAAAGUGAAUUCUCUGAUACCUGUCAUGAUGAAGGUGAUGUCAGUGGCUUUCCUUUUGACUCUGGUGACCUGGAAGAUCUGGAUGGUGAAGUCUCCAGUAUGCCUGUGGCAGUAACUUUUUCAAAGCUGCAAACUUCUUCUGAGCUGGAAGACUGGGAUAAAGAGUUGGAAGAUUCUGAAUGUAGUCCUUAUGAUGAUGGCGAUCUCCACUGUGGAAGCUUUCAGGAAAAUAAUCUUUUGGCCUCAUACUCAUGGCAAGAAGAUUCAUUUUACAACCCAGGUUGUCACCAUGCAGCUUGCAUUGCUUUUACACCACCAGUUAGAGUGACGGUGUUUGGCCAGUUUGAUGAUGCUGAUGAAUGA